AUGACAAAAAAUACUUCACUUGCUAAACCUGACCUCGAUAACUCCAAUAGUGGGCAUAUUAUUGUGGUUUCAAACAGACUUCCUGUUACAAUUACUAAAAAUAAUGAAACCGGUGAAUAUGAAUAUGCAAUGUCAUCUGGUGGUUUAGUUACUGCUUUACAAGGUUUGAAAAAAACCUCUACCUUUCAAUGGUACGGUUGGCCAGGUUUAGAGAUCCCUGAUGACGAUAAGGAAAAGGUGAAAAAAGAUUUAAAGGAAAAGUUCAAUGCUGUGCCAAUUUUUUUAACUGAUGAAAUUGCUGAUUUACAUUAUAACGGGUUUUCAAAUUCCAUUUUAUGGCCUCUUUUCCAUUACCAUCCAGGUGAAAUUAAUUUUGAUGAAAAUGCAUGGUUGGCUUAUAAUGAAGCUAACCUUACCUUUGCAAAAGAAAUUAUAAAAGAUAUUAAAAGUAACGAUAUUGUUUGGGUUCAUGACUAUCAUUUAAUGUUAUUACCUGAGUUAAUUAGAGAUUAUAUCACGGAAUUAAAUGCACAUGAAAAACCAUUAGAAAAUGUUAAAUUAGGUUGGUUUUUACAUACUCCUUUCCCAUCGUCGGAAAUUUAUAGAAUCUUACCUGUUAGGCAAGAAAUCCUUAGAGGUGUUUUAAGUUGUGAUUUAAUAGGUUUCCAUACUUAUGAUUAUGCUAGACAUUUCUUGUCUUCGGUGCAAAGAGUCCUUAACAUAAACACUUUACCGAAUGGUAUCGAAUAUCAAAACAGAUUUGUAAAUGUUGGUGCUUUCCCAAUUGGUAUCGAUGUCGACACUUUUACAGAUGGAUUAAAGCAAUCAAGUGUUAUCAAGAGAAUUCAAGAACUGAAAAAAACUUUUGAAGGCUGUAAGAUUAUUGUAGGUGUCGACAGAUUGGAUUACAUUAAAGGUGUUCCUCAGAAAUUGCAUGCUAUGGAAGUGUUUUUGAAUGAACAUCCGGAAUGGAUAGGGAAAGUUGUUUUGGUACAACUUGCCGUCCCUAGUAGAGGUGACGUCGAGGAGUAUCAAUACUUGAGAUCAGUUGUCAAUGAGCUGGUCGGAAGAAUCAAUGGCCAAUUCGGCACAGUGGAAUUUGUACCAAUCCAUUUCAUGCAUAAAAGUGUUCCAUUUGAAGAACUGAUCGCCCUUUACGCCAUCAGUGACGUUUGUCUGGUUUCAUCCACCAGAGAUGGUAUGAAUUUAGUCUCUUAUGAAUACAUCGCUUGUCAAGAAGAGAAACAUGGUAGUUUAAUUUUAAGUGAAUUUACAGGUGCAGCUCAAUCAUUAAACGGUGCAUUGAUUGUAAAUCCAUGGAACACUGAUGAAUUAUCAGAUGCAAUUAACGAAUCACUGACAUUACCAGAAGAAAAGAGAGUCGCAAAUUGGGAAAAAUUAUAUAAGUACAUUUCCAAAUAUACAUCUGCUUUCUGGGGCGAAAAUUUUGUCCAUGAACUAUUCAAUGCUUCAAAGAACUCUGAUUAA